GAGCACCUAGGAGACCCACUCAGGACCUCAUUGUGCUAGGUGUUGUACAAACACAGAACGAAGACAGUCCUUGCCCCAAAGAGUUUACCGUCUACGUACAAGACAAGACAACACUUUGCUGCAUGAUCCUUCAGGGUGGCAGGUUUCAGUGCUCAUGCUGCAUCCGUCGCUGGCCGUUGAUUCAAGUGCUUAUUUUCUUCCACGUGCACCUGGAUCGGAGUCAGCGCCAGGGGCAGGUAAAGAUGAGAGUCUGUGGGCAGAAGUGUGUGAAGUGCCAUGGAGCGAAGUUUGAGACGCCCAUGUUCAGCCAGGAGAACAUUGGGAGGAUCUUGGACAACUUGGUGCUGAAAAUCCGUGAGAAAUGCUACCGAGAGUCCAUCACAAACUGUGAUUUAGCUGACUCCAUAGUCGAAGAAGAUGUGGAAGGGCCACAUGACAUGACCUGUUAAUCCUGAGCAGAGCAGCGGUCUGAAGAUGAAGGAGUUUCUUGGCUUGGUUUAUAUGUAACAAGGAAAAGCCAACUCUGUCUGUGUCCCUCUUGAAAAACGGCCUGUAGACGUGUGGACUCACCACUGUGGUGCUUCCUGCUGGUGACUUCUGGGAAUUAACUCGUUCCAGCUCCGGAGCACCCUCUGCAGGCUGGUGAUCCGCCUGUCCUCUGGCCCCCGUGGCCUUCUCUGGACCCAGUGCCCUUUUAGCUGGGGUGCUG